UAUAGAUAAAGUCAUUUUACCUCAUCUUGGGGAUCACCUGCACAGCCUCAAUGGCCUUUCAGGACCUCUUGGAUCAAGUUGGAGGCCUGGGGAGAUUCCAGAUUCUUCAGAUAGUUUUCCUUUCUAUCUCCAACCUCAUAGUAUACCCUCAUACGAUAUUGGAGAACUUCACUGCUGCCAUCCCUGGUCACCGCUGCUGGGUCCACAUCCUUGAAAAUGACACUGUCUCUGCUAAUGGCACUGGGACCCUCAGCCAAGAUGCUGUCCUCAAAAUCUCAAUUCCACUGGAUUCAAAUCAGAGGCCAGAGAAGUGUCAUCGCUUCCUCCACCCCCAGUGGCAGCUCCUUCAUCUGAAUGGGACCUUCUCUAAUAUGAGUGAGCUGGACAUGGAACCCUGUGUGAAUGGCUGGGUGUAUGACCAAAGCUCCUUCUCCUCCACCAUUGUGACCGAGUGGGACCUGGUAUGUGAAUUUCAGUCACUGGACUCAGUGUCUAGAUUCUUAUUCAUGGCUGGAGCGCUGGUGGGAAGCAUCAUAUAUGGCCAUUUAUCAGACAGGUUUGGGAGGAGGUUAAUACUCAGAUGGUGUUUGCUCCAGUUUGCCAUUGCUGACACCUGUGCAGCCUUUGCUCCCACCUUCCUCAUUUACUGCUCACUACGCUUCUUCGCUGGCCUUUCUGUCACGACCAUCAUGUUAAAUAGUACUUUUCUCAUUGUAGAAUGGACAGUGCCCCGAUACCAAGCCGCGGGAAUGACAACGAAAACCUGUGCAAAUAGUAUCGGGCAGAUAUUAUUAGGAGGUCUGGCUUUUGCCAUUCGAGACUGGCGCACCCUCCAGCUGGUGGUCUCUUUGCCAGUAUUUGCCAUCCUUCUGUCUUCAAGGUGGCUGUUGGAGUCUGCUCGGUGGCUGAUUAUCACCAACAAACCUGAGGAGGGCUUAAAGGAACUUAGAAAAGCUGCACACAGGAAUGGAAGGAAGGAUGCAGGAGACACCCUAACCCUGGAGGUGAGCAGGAUGGGAGCUGGAUAUGGGAUAUAGGGAAGACAGGACCUGACAUCUAUAUUAGUCAGUAUCCAUAAGAGGAAUGGAAGGUAAGAUCUCAGGAGUGGUUAUGGGUUUUCUGACCUCACUGUCCUGGUUCUCAGUGAGUGUCAACAUUGUCUGGAUUAACGUUAGAAAAAGACAUGCUGUU